AAACUUCAUCACAUCCCAUUCAAGGAAGGGGCUUAGUGCGAAUAGGGGAAAUUGCCAUCGUAUCACCAUCCUGCGAGGCACAAGAAAAAGGAGGAAAACACAAAGUGACACUAGACAUCGAAGCGAGUGGUUUAUAAAAGUAAUAUAUCCCUUUAUUUUUGCACGAUUUUUUUUCACCUUUCCUUUCUAACUUUAUAGGGUUGAAAAUGACUGAUCGCAGCGGAACGUUGCCUUCAACCAAAAGCAUUGUCGAUGAGGUGUUCUGUGCUGUGAAGGACUAUAGCAAACUGGCUGCUGGUUUUCCAUCGGAUGAGCAUGAGUAUCAUAUGGCCUUUGUCGGAUUUCGCAAGCACGUUCGCGAGCACAGCGGCGUGCUCUUGAGUUUGAUGGAUAAGUGCUGUCGACUUCUCCCUAAGCGUCGUCGUGUUUCACUCGUCCCUGAGGACCCUUCUGCGCCGCAACUUAGCGAAAAGCAGCGAAUGACCGCGAUGGAGGCGAUCGACUCUCUUUUAGAGAGCGUGGACACGGUUCUUGAUAAUCUAAAGGGGCAAAGGAUAAAUUCUGAAGACCAACUUUACGUCACAUUCGGCUCCAAACUUGGUGAGUCGACGAGUGUUAAUGUAGAAAAUGGUGGCUUUGCGCAUGUAGCCCACGUCAUGCGGCCGCAGUUAACUUUUGAAGUGCCCGUGGAUAACUCCGAAGCUCCGUUCAUACCGACAUACAGCGACGAGAAUGGUAUCAUGCAUACCGGAGAAGCUCACGUGCAUCCCUUCGCCGAGAAAAUUCAGAAGUUCUCGCCUUCCGCGGAGCAGCUCUUGCCUAGGCUGGAGAUCGCACCUCUGCCGCUUAGUUCUUGCCCGCUCAAGUUCAUUGACACGGUUGAUGAGUUGGAGCAGCUGGUGUCGAACGAUCUUUUAGGGGUGAAGGAGAUUGCUGUUGAUUUAGAGCAUCACGAUUACUACUCGUACCUCGGGUUCACAUGUUUGAUGCAAAUCAGCACGCGCACGAUGGAUUGCAUCAUCGACUGUCUUCGGCUGCGCUCCUCGAUGAGGCUCCUUGCGCCCGUCUUCCUGAACCCGAACAUCCUCAAAGUCUUCCACGGCGCCCGCGAGGAUGUGCGGUGGCUGCAGAAGGACUUCUCCCUCUAUCUGGUGAACUUCUUCGACACCGCGAUCGCGUUGCAGACGCUGCACAUGCCGCACAGCCUCGCCUUCGCCGUGGACCACUUCUGCCAGGUGAAGUUGUGCAAGAAGUACCAAACCGCGGACUGGCGGGUCCGGCCGCUGCCCGCCGCGUUGGUCGACUACGCCCGGCAGGACACCCACUACCUCCUCUACGUCUACGACCGCCUGCGGACGCUACUCGGGAACGCGGCGAACCGCGCCGCCCUCGGGAACCUCCUCCUCCACGUCUACGAGCAGAGCAAGCGGCUCGCGCUGGAGGUCUAUGAGAAGCCCCGGCUGGACCCCGAGGAGAGCUACCGUGCGGCCCUGGGCCGCAGCCUUGGCGGGCUCACUGCCGCCCAAGAGGAAAUCGCGCGGGGGCUGUUUAACUGGCGGGAUGCCGUCGCGCGCGCCGUGGAUGACUCCCCUGCUGCGGUUCUUCGCUCCUCGGCGAUCCUCGCGAUCGCGUCGAAGCGGCCCGGGGGGGCGCGGGAGCUCCUGCGGUGCUGCAAUCCCGUCAGCGCGACCCUCCGACGGCGCGUCGCGGAGCUCGUGGAGAUCGUCCGCGGGGGCGACGGCCGGGGGGAGGAGGAGGGGGAUGCCCCGACGGCGGAGGUCCUCCCGUCGCCCUCCGCCACGCCCUCCCUGUUAGGCCGCCCGCUUGGCGUCUUUCAGCCGAUGACGGGGACGCUGCCUUCCAUCGUCAGCGUCGUGGCGCCGUCGAUUUCGUCGAUCGUCGGGGAGGGGGGGGGGUGCCUCUUCGCGGCGUGGAGACGCCCGAUUGGACGGCGGCGAUGCGUCGGCUUGCGGAGGCGCUGGCGCGUCGACCGGCGCCGAGGAUUCCGCUCCCGGGCAGCGACGUGUUGGCGCGUCUGCGGGCCACAACGACGCCCACGGCCCGCGUGA